GGAACUGUAGAAGCAGCGCGCGAUAGAUUCACUCUUCACCGCAGCGCUCGCUGAAACACACACACACACACACACACACACACACACACACACACACACACACUCUCUCUCUCUCUCUCUCUCUCUCUCUCUCUCUCUCUCUCUCUCUCUCUCUCUCUCUGACAUCAUGCUUCGAACACACACUCCACGGGCAGCGAGCGGAGCAGAUGAACACACCACACACGGUCCACACGUGGCGCAGAACCGUCAGUGAGACACGAACCAGACUCUUACGUUAGGACUUCAGAGGAGAUAAAGGGAUUAGUUUUGUCUCUUUUGGAGAAAAAAAGAAGAAAAGGAACAGCAGAUAGCAGUUUCAUCAGACGGAUAACGUGCCGAUGAUAGAGAGAUGAUGGAGAGAUGACGGGAAUCUCCCAGUCUCCUACAGCACGCGCAGGAUUUUAACCUGAACGAGACGCAGAGCAGCCAGACAUCUGCAGAAACUCCACUUGUUUUACUCUGAGUGUGUGUGUGUGUGUGUGUGUGUGUGUGUGUGUGUGUGUGUGUGUGUGUGUGUGUGUGUGUGUGUACAUGUUCCCACAUGGCGUGCUAUUACAUCGUGAUCAGCUCCACACACCUCAGCAAUGGACACUUCCGCAACAUCAAAGGAGUUUUCAGAGGACCUCUGUGCAGAAACGGCAACUUGGAUUAUGCGGAAAAGGAGAAAAGCUUGACUAAAGCUCUGGAGGAUCUGAAGGCUAAUUUCUACUGCCAGCUGUGUGAUAAACAAUACUACAAACAUCAGGAGUUUGACAAUCACAUUAACUCUUAUGACCAUGCACACAAACAGAGGCUGAAGGAGCUAAAACAGAGGGAAUUUGCCCGCAACGUGGCCUCCAAAUUAAGGAAGGAUGAACAAAAGCAGGAACGAGCGCUUCAGCGGCUACACAAAUUGGCUGAACAGAGGAGAGAGGUUAAAUGUAGUGCUCCAGGAAGUGGCCCGAUGUUUAAAUCCACCACCGUGGCAGUGGAAAGCUUCAAUAAGUCUUGCUUCAUGGAUGAAGAAGAAAACCAAAACAUUGCAGAACAGGAGACAGAAUCUCAAAUCCCAUGGCCAUAUCGAGGAAAAGCAAAAAAACAAACUCUCCGACGCAAGAUCGCCUUCUCCCUUUCCUUUCCAAAGAGAGCCUCGCUGAAGCUAGAGUCUUCUGCUGCAGUCUUUUCUGAGAGUACAGAAGAGAAGAAGAUGAUUAAAUAUGAUACAGAGAUGAUGACACAUCAAAAGAGUUCCACCAAAAGUUCCCUGAAUGAUGCAAUGCCUGCCUCAGAUCUGUGUGCUUUCCUCGUUUACUCAGAGAACAGAUCAGUGUCUCCAAUUAGCCACUUUUCAACUGUUCCUGGAAGCUCAAAUAUCAGUCUGGAGUCAGUGGAAAGCAAUGUUACUGAAAGUAAAGAAAACAGUAGUCAGGAAGAGAGCACCAUAAGUGAUAGGUCUCAACCAACAUCAUGUGAUAUCAAUUUAUUUCAAAGGCAAGAAAAGGACAAUGUUGUUCUCAGAAGACCAAGCCAACCUUUUCUCUCUGUUGUGGCUCGAGAUAGUAGAACUAUCUUCCAAUGGCCUUCAGAAAUGGUGUAUUUCACAAAAACAGAGCCCUCCAUCUCAUUUAGCUGCAAUCCUCUCUAUUUUGACUUUAAAUGUUCAGGACAGUACAGUAAGUCUCCUGAAGUCUUGUACAACAAAAAUGGACAAGAACUGUCUUUCAUUUCUGAAAAAAGCCACAAAAUGUCCUCUUCCUGUGAGAUCACCACAGAGCAUGUUACAUGUAGAUUGGAAAAAAAUAUCCGAAAGUGCCACCUGUAUUCCAGCGAUGCCCAGGGCAAAUACAAACAUUUGAAAAAUUCGGCUCAGGGCAGUAAAAGAGCAGAGGAAAAGUUGCAAGGCAGAGAUCGACGCCAUUACAGGAGUCAACACAAAAAGAGACACAAGAGAAGAAGUAGGUGGGAGGCGGAGGAUUACAGUGAGCCAGAGCAGAGUGCAAGCAUGAAAAAAUGGACUAAACUCCACAAACGAGAAGGAUUUGAAAGCCAAUUUAGAGGCUAUGCUGCACAGCAAGAGCGGCCAUUAGAGAAGUCAAAGCAAUCAACUCAGAAUCAGGCAGAGAAUAACAGCAUUGUUUCCUCAGCAGGAGGCUCUGUUGAAGCUGAAAAGGUACUUGAUAUCAGUGGGGGCACAGUAGACGUUCUUGCAUUAGGGCAGACAACGAACACACAAAAUGACUCGCACAAGCUCAGUGUGAUUCCUUCUGAUCAUGAAACAUCAGUUUCAGAUCACAGCAGCCCAACGUUACCAAAGAAACGACAAAGUGAGUCCCAGAGUAAAGAGGAUAAUGUUUGGUCAGAUCAUACACAGUGUGGUGUGAUUGAGGAUCUAGACAGAAAAGAAGAUGUUUUGUGGCUGAAUCAAAGACAAAAAAGACAAAAAUUGGACCAAAGUCCGACAUCUGAAAAUCCUCUUUUUGUUUUAAAUAGAUCUGAUGGAAUAGUGGACAUGGAAUCAUCAUGGAACGUUAUCAGUUUAAAAGAUCCAGGCACAUGUGCUCCUGAAGGAGACAGUGCAGAAAGUAAAACAUCCAUUGAUAAAAACCCCAUUUCCAACUCUGAGGUACAUUCUCAGUCUCUACCUGAGUCAAAUCUACAGCCUAAAGUCAUAAAUCAUCUUCGUACAGUCCAAGAUGGUGACUCAGCAAAAGAACAAGAAUCUGAAAAUGAGUGUAUGAAGUGUGCCAUCACAUCCCAGGUCAAAGAAAAAGAGAAAGUCAGCCAUGAUAAAUCCUGCCAGCACACUCCACCAUUGCCAGGCUUUCACAUUUUGGAUGAGGAAAGACACAACUGUUCAAUCCAGAGUCCAUUCAACCCAAUGCUGUGCUUUACGUCUCAACUUAGUGGUGUGGAGAGGCAUGGGCUUCUUUCCAGCCACACCCACAAACAGGUUCUGCAUAAAAAGGUGUUUUCUGCUAAGCUAAGAUCUACACUUCCCAUCUCCUCUCCUAUCCUUCACCCUAUUCACAUACCAUCUGCCAUUCCAUCUGGUUCUGUCACUAUCUUUCAUCAUCACUCCACAUUCAUACCCAAUCAGCCUUCCCUCUUUACCCAGGUAGUACCUGUUACCCGGCUUCCAUUAGCCCCUGAAAUCACACCCUUCAUACCCUCGUCUCAAGUUUCAUUGGUGGCUCCACCCACUAUCCAUACGACAGCCGUCACAUUCCAUUCCUUACCCCGUCCCCAGGUUUUUCGCCCACUCCUGCACCCUCCUUCUCCUUUUCCACCUUUACUAACCCCUCACACUACUGUCAUUCCCCUUCAGCCUCUCUUCUGAAAUUAUAAAAACUUGGUAAAGUAGUAAUCGUGGUAAAAUAUUAUAAAGUACAUUCUGAAUUUACAGUACAAAUACAGUUAAAUACAUAAAUAUGGGGAAUAAACUAGUGUAUAUGGCUUUUUUUACCAGAUGUGAUUCUGUCUAGGCUAGGCUAGGCUAGGUUGGUCAUUUGUCUAUUACUGAUGUUAGAGGUUUUUUUUUCUCUAAAAUAAUUUAGCAGUCGGUCAGGUAAUUGACAAUUAUUUCUUACCAAUGAGCCAUGACACUCUACGGCAAGCAGCACUGAUUUUAUUUAGAUAUAAAUCUUAAAACAUUAUUUUUUCUUCAUGACAAAGAUAAAGGAUCUCUCAUCUGUACACAAAUAUUAAAGGAAACUUCUCCAUGAAUGACUUGCAUAUUAAUUAUUAUAAUUAAUUUUCCUGACUUACAUAAAACUUACAUUCAAAUACAAGCUAAUAGUUGUUCAGGGAUAUUUAGCUGUUGCUAUACUGCAAAGCAGAGCAGGAGGGAUUUAAUCCUUUAUUGUGUUCAGCUCACUUACAUCCCGAUCUCUACACUCUGCUCAAAUAGAUCAGUUUACAAAGCUUCAAACUUCAUGAUAAUAUCUUUGUCAAUGCCAUUGUGCUAGAUAACUAGCUUCGCCAAAUUUUCAUUUACCGAGCCCAGUGAUUAUAGCAACAUCAGUAGACAUAAGCUAAAAACCAAAUUGUGUAUUAUGGCCAAUAUAAAAUAUCAUUUAGCUGGUAUUUUAAACAUAUUUAUGAUAUUUAUAAUCCCACAUAGCACAUGAUAAUGACAAUGCAUCUAUAUAUGCAUUAUAAACAAACAACAACAAAAAAACAAGAGGAGGGAGACAUGCAAUAUAACAUUGUGCAUACUGUACAACUGACAUUAUGCAUAAUAUGUUUAUUUAACUAUCGAUUUAACCAAAAGGAUUCUACUGUCCUCACUGACCUAAAUUUAUACAAGAAUAUCAAAUUGGCUCAUCAUGUGAUAUAUGGUAGAAGCACUAUGAAAUAAUUAGCUACAUGAAUCACCCUUCUCUCUAUAUAAAUGCACUACUUAGAAAAAUUUGCAAGUUUUUGUCUCCUUCUAGGUACCAUAAAACAGAGCUGGGGUUAAGCCAGUUAUAAAACAACUGUGAUUUCAGUAGAUAUGACUUCAUAGAUGUAGCUAGAAUCGUUAAAAUUUGUUGUUUGUAUUUAUUUUGAUGUAAAAACUAUUUGAACAGAAAGAUCAGAGAUGAUUAAUGGAAAAUCCAUUGUUAAUGAAUCCUAAAUCUGAGGGUCCAUGGCAAAUUAAUUCAAAAUAAAGCGAAAAUGUAAUAGGAUGGUUCUUGAUCAUCCGAUCAUGCUAGGUGUCUCAUAGUAGUGAAUCUAGGUAGAAUAACCCUGGGUUUUAUUCUUAAAGAUGUUUGCAUCUGAAGUUCUUUAGAAGUCACUAAUACCUUCUCUUUACAGGAUGUAGGCACUGUUGUCAUUAUUGAGAUCAGUUCCAUACAUAGCAGUCUACCUAAACCAGUAUCCAUAUUUUACUGACAGUCUCAUUGCAAAAAUGUGACCCACUACAUAUUUAACCGAUCACAAAGCUGAAUGUGUAUUACAGAAAACAUGUUUUUUUCCAUUGUUCCAUAAAAGUCCAGUUAGAUAUUUUGAUUUAUAGUUAUAUUAGUUGAGCAAAAACAAUCCUCAAAAGUUCCUAGAGCUGUAUAAGUGUCAUUUGUAUUGAAUUAAAAAAUGCUGCUUGUUGUUCAGUUUAAACUUCUCACUCUUGUGGACUUGGAGUGCCCUCUAGUGGCCACAGUUACUGAAGCAACAUUCUGUAUUGCUUACUGAGAAGGUCCAGAACAGGUCAACAGAACAAGUGUAUGUGGGUGAAAAUGGUAGAAAUCCCUAAGGUACAAAUCAGACAUUCACAAACAUUCACCACAAUCAUUCAGUGAUCUCUCUAAACUUUCAGAGGUAUGAGGUCAUGAAGAGUGUAGAUGAGGCUCACCUUAAGAGAAUGUCUGGUUAGCCAUAAGGUUUAAUGAAUGGUCUUUAUUUGAUUUAAGUUCUUGAUUGAACAGGGAGUCUGUUCAAUAAUGAUCACACUGCUGGUUGUAUGUUUCAGAACAUUGCAUGGAUUUUCAUACAGGCUCCGAGGACGAAUGUCUAGGACCAAAAAAUGACUGAGCUGAAUCAGCAAUGGAAACAUACAAUCCACUUUUACAGUACAUUUGUUUGUUUAAACUGUAUGGUUUAGCAUCUCAGGGUGAUAGUAUACUCUUCAUUCCAAAAAAGAAACUUGCCAGAUAAUAUAAAAGCCUCUCAAUAACUGCAAUUCCAUGAUAAAUAUAAAAUGACCAUAUUUACUGUCCACUGGCAAUGUUUGCAAAAGCACAACCAAAAUUCCUGAGCUGUAGCAUUGACUUCUAAAAUAAAUGAUUCCUUAAAAGCUCUGGAAUAGCACAGGUCUGUUACUGAACCUUGUUACUGAAAUUAUUACGACUUACGAUAUUUAUACUCCAGGCCAUUCAAGAAUGUAAAAAAUGAAUGAUCAUGUGUUGCCUUCACUCAUAAUGUGAAAGUAGGGUUGACUUAAUAAUCAACAACUUGCUUCAGGCAGGAUAUCAGAUUGCAGCUCAAAGCUGUCAUUUCAUUUAUGAUAUUUGGCAGACACCUUUAUCCAGAGUGAAAUACAAAAGUGCUUAAUACCAAGUGAAGAAUCUGUCGAUGAAUAUCUCAGUAUUAGUUCACUAGGCUGCACACUAAGGAUGCCAUAAGUCUAAAACUUUUAGGAGGUAAUAUAGCACAGAACCAUGUUGUUUGUAGACAGACAGUGACUUGGCUGUUCUGACAUUUAUCUAUUUUCAGUGCACCACCAAAUGUCUUGACACACACCUACCUUGAGAGAUAGUGGGACCAGUCAAGCAGUAAUAGAAGAACUGAGGGAGCAUGGUGCAGUGUAAGGAGUGAUGAGGGUAAGAGGUGAGAGGGUACUGGUCCACUUUGGCUUUGUAGGCAAGCAUCAGGGUUUUAAAUUUGAUGCAUGCAGCUAAUGAAAGACUUAAGGAAGUUAAAUACAAGUAAUGCAUUAAUUUUGGAUGAGGGUCAGGCCUACCAGGAGUUGAAGUAGUCAAGUCUUGAAAUGACAAGAGAAUGAAAAAGGCACCAUGAGGGAUGGAAGGAGAAGAUAAAUUGAGUGCCAUCAGCAUAGAAGUGGUGGGAGAACCCAUGUGAGGACAGAUCUUCCCCAAGGGAGUGAGUAAGGAUGGAGAAAAAAAUGUGAACGUAAAGAAGAAUCGAAUCCUGGUUGUGUAAUGUAGAGGUAGUAGGGGAAACUGGGAGUCUGGGAUAUGUUUAAAUUUUCUAAUUAUAAAAAAAGAAGUCUUCCACAGUUAGGGAGGACAAAAGAAGGUUGAGUCGAUUCAGUCCAAUUCAAUUAAUUUGUAUAGUACUUUUAACAAUUCACAUUCUCUCAAAGCAGCUUUACAGAAUUACAGAAACAGAAUUAAAAAACUUUAAAAAAAAUAUUUAAAAUUAAGUUACUACAUAU